AUCCUCCCGCUCCCCGCCUCACCCCCCUCACCCCCCGCCUUUGCAGGAUAGCAUUAAGGAGAGGGCGCGAGACAGGCAUAGACAGGGAUGUAAUUUCAGCCAAAGUAAGGAGAAGAAAAAGUGAAAUGGUGGAAUUGGUGACUAGGAUGGUCAAGAACGGCUGCUAUGGCGAAAAGUGUGAGAAAUUAGUCGAGCUGAGAUGGGAGAUAGUUCGAGUAUCCUAGGAAAAAGAAGAGAUAAGUACAGAACUCCUGACAGCCUGAGAGGACCUAUAGGGGCCCUUCCAUAAGUACCUCUUUCUGUUCAAGAAAAGCACCUGGAUUACAGCCUACUGGAGCCUUGUGAAUGUGCAGAACUAGAAUAUUUUCAGUAAAGCAUAUGAAAGUCGUUUUUGAAGUUGGAAGUCGGAUUGCAGACCGUGUGUAUGACAUAGCCAGAGAUUUCCCUCUUGCGCUGGACGUGGGAUGUGGAAGAGGCUACAUAGCACAACAUUUGAAUAAGGAGACCGUGGGAAAGAUUUUUCAAACAGACAUUGCAGAACAUGCUUUGAAAAAUUCCUUAGAAACAGAUAUUCCUACUGUGAAUAUUUUAGCUGACGAAGAAUUCCUUCCCUUCCAAGAAAACACAUUUGACCUGGUGGUUAGCAGCUUAAGUUUGCACUGGGUGAAUGACCUUCCUAGAGCACUUGAACAGAUUCAUUAUGUCUUAAAACCAGAUGGGGUGUUUGUUGGUGCGAUGUUUGGAGGUGACACGCUCUAUGAACUUCGGUGUUCGUUACAGUUAGCAGAAACAGAAAGGGAAGGAGGAUUUUCCCCACACAUUUCUCCUUUCACUGCUGUCAGUGACCUAGGACAUCUGCUUGGGAGAGCUGGCUUCAAUACUCUGACUGUGGAUACUGAUGAAAUUCAAGUUAACUAUCCUGGAAUGUUUGAAUUGAUGGAAGAUUUAAAAGGUAUGGGUGAGAGCAACUGUUCUUGGAACAGAAAAGCUCUGCUGCACCGAGACACUAUGCUGGCAGCUGCAGCGGUUUACAGAGAAAUGUACAGAAAUGAAGAUGGUUCCAUACCUGCCACAUACCAGAUCUACCACAUGAUAGGAUGGAAAUACCAUGACUCUCAGGCAAGGCCAGCUGAAAGAGGUUCUGCAACUGUGUCAUUUGGAGAGCUAGCAAAACUAAAUGAUGUCAUGUCACAAGGAAAAAAACAAUAAAUAUUAUUUUAUUCAAUUGUAA